AUGGCGGGGCACGCGGCGGUGCGUAGCUGCGUGCAGACGGCGCUCAAGGCGGCCAACUCCCUCGUGGGGCUCGCCGGGAUGGCCGUCAUCCUCUACGCGCUCUGGGUGCUCCGCGCCUGGUCCCAGCAGGCCGCCGACCACCUCCCCGCCCCCUGGUUUAUCUACACUCUUCUCAGCCUGGGGAUCAUCAUGUGCUUGCUGACCUGCUCGGGCCAUAUCGCCGCCGAAACUGCAAACAGCCCCUGCCUGUCUUGUCACAUGAUCUUUGUAUUCUUGCUUGUGAUACUGGAAGCUGCAAUCGCCGCCGAUGUAUUUCUGAAUAGCUACUGGGAGGAGGAUUUCCCAGAUGACCCAUCCGGGAAGUUUGAUGAAUUCAAGCAUUUCGUGAGAUCAAAUUUUGACAUAUGUGAAUGGGUAGCCCUCUCGGUGGUCGCUGCUCAGGCGCUAUCAAUCAUUCUUGCAAUGGUACUUAGGGCCCUUGGCCCCGAAAAUGAAAUCGAAUACGACAGUGACGAUGAUGCAGUGCCCGCAAGGCUGCCUCUCCUAAGGAACAAGCCCCAGCAUGGUCCAAGCUAUGGCGAACCUAACUCACCUCGCAGGAUUGAUUCAUGGCAUGUGCGAAUCUUAGACAAGGCCAACGAACAAUAA